AUAAGGAGUAAAAAAAAGAGUAGUAUUGUCCUCUGGCAUUAGUCACCAAGUGCUAUACAAUGAGGACUGUAUACCUAAUAAGUGCUAUUUUAGUGAUACUUAUGAUCAAUGAUUCGGCCACUCCAUCAAGCCAAGGCCAAGACCAGCUUGAGGCAUGGCAUCAUCACCACAGUUCACCACCGCCGCCGGUAGUGGAAUCAUCACCGCUACGGAGUAUGUCUGAAAUAUCGCACCAUCACCACCACCAUGGGCCGCCUCAGCCACCGCCAAUGCCGCCAACACCAACUCACAGUUUCACAGAGACAUUACACCAUAAUCACCACUGGUCACCACCACUGCCAUCAGUGCUGUCAUCACCACCACGCUACUUGUUCGAGAUGUCGCACCAUCAACACCACAAGCCACCUCCACCACCACCAGUAAUGUCACUGCCAUCGAGAAGUUUGUUUGAGACGUCGCACUGGCAUCACCACAAGUCACCACCACCACCGCCAGUGCUAUUGUCACCACCACGCCGUUUGUUUGAGACGUCACACCAUCAUCAUCACCACAGUUCGCCACCACCACUACCACCUAUGCCAUUGUCACCAUCACACAAUUUGUUUGAGACGUCGCACCAUCAUCACCACUCGUCUCCAGCACCACCACGACCACCAGUGCCAUCAUCAUCACCACGUCGUUUGUUUGAGACAUCCCACCAUCAUCAUCACAAGUCGCCGCCACCACCGCUAGUGAUAUCGUCACCACCACACAGUGUGUGAGACGUUAUCACCAAAUCAAAGCCAAAUAAAGCUAUAGUCUGGGACAUGCUACUGCUACAACAACAGAUUCUGUUUGACUCAUCAUUGCAAGAACAUGUGUGCGAGGAAAACGGCAUUGAACUCAAAUAAACCUACUUGUUGCAUACAUGAAGUUGCCCACAUUAAGCACUGUGUAGUGAGCAUUUGGUUGAUGCGGACUCAAUAAAAGAUGGUUCUUUUUCUUGGA